CAUAAUUUGCCGCUCAAAUGCACAACUAAAAUUUACUAUCGGUCUAUCGCCCAUUCUGCAUGUUGUUGGGGUCCAGUUGAGUCGAAAUUUAUUCACGGUGUUCUGUGUCUGUCCAUGGACCAUGGGUUCCCAUCGAAUUCGGUUAUCUGCGCUUGGACGUGACGUGCAAGUCGGAAACCUUUACAACUACUAUUCUGAUGCCAUAUCCAUUUGCAAUGUCGGAGUUCCCCAGGAAUCCAUAUCAAUCACCAAGAAAUUGACACCCGAAAUAGAGUGGUUUUAUCUGCAUCAACUGCCCCAUUUGAAGUACGAAGCCCUAGGCAUCAAUUCACACCUGCACAACAGCAUUGAGAAAAAAUCUGUGGACUUGAGUCAACUUUGGUUCGGCAAUUUUCUGGAAUCAAGCCAACCAAAAGAAGACAUCAGUGUAGCUCGAGUCACUUUCUUCUUCCGAGUCCACCAACGAAUCGAAGUUCUUUGUCCAAAAUUCAUCGACUGGAAACUCAACGAAUACCAGAUCCAAAGUGGUGGUGUAGCAACUCAUUUGGUGGAGCAGGUUGUCUACGGGGCCGAAUUUAUCUGUUCCCUACAAAGAACCAUCGAUCGCCAGCACGAAACGAAGGAGAACGUCGAAGGAAGACUCAACUGGGCAGCCAAAGAUUACUUCAAUCAGAUUUUCGGUCGAAAUUCCGCUAAUUUAGAUUUACCUGCAUCAUUAAACAAAGUGGAAUGUCAGAUCCUCAGCAGCCUCGAUCCUGGUAAUGAACUAGAGGGAUCUUUCCAGCAAUCCAUUCAAUAUCUCAUGGAUGCGAUGAGUUUUUAUAAGGAAGACAGUCAUUGGAGACCCAUCGAAAUCACUUUAAGAAAUAUCCCGGAACAAAUGGUAGCUCGACUUCGAUUAGAUAUGGAGAACGAUUUCAAGUUUAAAUGUGAUGCGCAUUCAGUCAUGUUUAAUUGGAUCUCAAAUGAAAGUAAGAACAUCUGUGCCUACUUUGAAAUGCUUCCUUGUUUCCAAAGCGUUUUGUGCCAGUUUAAUGAUUUGUUGGGGCCACUUGGGCAGAAAAUUUGGAGAUUGCAUGAGGCACUAAAUACGACCACUACUCCCGAACAAAUCUUUAUGGUCUCCCACUUACUGCAUAGUAUGAUGAGUUGGCUGAUUCAACGACGUUCUGAAAUGGACAAGAUUUCUUGGCUAAUCGAAGGCACCCAAUUGAAAAUCGAGACGUUUACGACAUCAACCAAACAAAAUCGCGAAAAAGUGUUUGUCUUGAGAGCCGAAUUCUAUCCAGAUCAACUAAUUCAGUUCAUUUAUACAUUUACUGAUAAUCCUUCGGCAAUAAGUGCCCCUCUUCCGAACCUUCCGAUACUUAUGGCUGACAAAGAGCGACUCAGAAAUAUUAGGGAAGAAUUGCAGAAGUUUUCCAAAGAAGCGCAAUCGAGUUUUUUGCUGGAUCAAGAGGAGCGCCAUCGCUGCUAUAUUGGAAUAACUUCAGAAUAUCCGCAUUUGACUGACGGUACAAUAGUGACUUUUGGAGACUACAAGAAAGAAAAUGAUUCCCCGAGGAAACAACAGCGAGGAUCUGGAGUUAUGCAAAAAAGUAGAUCACUUUCAGGCUCUGAAAUAAAUCCUUCUGCCGGAUUUUGUCGAUCAACUGAGCAAAGAGACUAUUCGAUCAAACUGAAGCACAUUGUAUCUAUUGCAUCGCCGUCGGAGUCUAGGGCUGACAUGAUUUUGUCUACUGAGCAAAGAAACAACUCGAUCGUAACGUCACCGCAGUCGAGCGCUGACACGGAAGUCGUUCAUUACCAGUCGUCGAAAUCGCCUAAAAUGAAGCAGGCAAAUCAACUAAAACGACUGGAUGAAGAAGGCCGACGGGUUGAAGAGGAAGAUACGAAAUCGGAAUCUUUAGUCGACUGCAUGCAAACCCAUUGUAGUGUAGGAGAUAAACUGGAUGAGAAUGAGAACUGCAUCACAGAAGAAUCAGUUGACGACGUUGGUAAUCAAUCUGUCCAAUACUGGAACAGUACAAUGUCAAUCUCCCACCGUGAAUUCCGUCAUCAUGAAACUUCCAUAGACAUGGACUGCGCUACUGAAACACCUCCGCCCGACGACAUUGAAAAUGACCAGCUCAACAACCAAAGAAUUGCCGAAUUUUUCGUAGAUGAGAAAAACCGGUGCGCUGAAUUAAUCAAGAAAGGACAACCUAAUGUUUAUUUGCUGAACGCUACGGACACGUCGGUGAGUGAAGAUCUCCGGUGGUUUGACGUCGGCAGGCCUGUCCGUUCUCCGCCAACCUGUAUGAAAAAUCACAAAUUAAUCAUCUUGAUGGGCGCAACUGGAUGUGGCAAAAGUACCCUCAUCAACGGAAUGGUGAAUUACAUCCUCGGCGUCAAAUGGAACGAUCCGUUCCGCUUCAAAUGUGUCCGGGAAGACGAAACGACCGCCAGGAACCAGGCGAUUAGCCAAACAAGUUCAGUAACAGCCUACACUAUUCGCCACCGUAAUGGAAUGGCAGUUCCUUAUUCCAUCACGAUCAUCGACACGCCUGGUUACGGAGACACGAGAGGAGUGAAAAGGGACAAGGAAAUCACGCGCAACAUUCAACAAUUUCUGACUCAACAGGAAAGUCGAGUGGAAGAAAUUCACGCCGCCUGUUUUGUGGCCGCUUCCGGCGACAGCCGAUUAACCACCACCCAGAAAUACAUCAUCGACUCUGCUCUUUCUAUUUUUGGUAAAGAUAUAAAAGAGAACAUUCGUUUGUUGGUGACAUUUGCAGACAAUGCUGAUCCUCCCGUCGUCGAGGCCUGCCGUGCUGGCAAUUUCCCCGUGACAUCCGUGUCGGCCGGAAUUAUUUUCAGCAAAUUCAACAGCUCCGUCCUCUACGCAAGCACCGAACAACAAGAAGAAGAUUUGUGUUUCGACGAAUUAUUCUGGGACAUGGGCCAGGAGAAUUUCAGCAAAUUUUUCAGCAUGCUGGAAGGAAUGAACGGCCGGAACCUGGAAUCCACACGAGAAGUCAUCCAGCGUCGUACUUUGCUGGAAGAGUCAUUGAAAGACAUCGAGCAAGAACUGGAAGUCUGUCUGUUUAACAUCGAAAACAUCGAAACAUUCCAAAGGAAAAUGAAGGAAUGCGGCCAAAAGAUGGAGUCCAGCAAGCAUUUUGCUAUCGAAAAUAUGAAAAUCUGUUAUAGCCGCGUACCCUGCCAAAACGGAUUCUACGCUUACAACUGUCGCAAUUGCCAAAAGACUUGCGAGUCGCCUAUCUACUCUGCCAACCCGACGAAACUUCCAAAACAAAAAAAAUUCUGUUCACAUCUGGCUUGCGCCCAUCCGUCUUCCGAGCACGAUUACGAACAAGUCGAAAUUCGCCGAACUACAAAGAAAACUAAAAAGACUCUACUGGAUAUGAAGGCUAAAUUUGAGUCGAGUUCUAACGAGAAAAUGACAAACGAACGACUUUUGACUGACUGUUCGGAAAAUCUGGAAGUGGCCAAAGCAAAAGUGUUCAGCUUGCUGGAUCAGGUGGGCGAGAAUGUCCGUUCACUGGAGUCCACAGCUCUUCGUUCCAACACUCUGAGUCCAACCGAUUACUUGAGUCUGAUGAGGAGUCGCGUUGCGGAAGAACAAAAGCCCGGCUACCAAAUUCGUUUGGAGACCCUAUCGGAAUUACAGCAAAGUUUGGCCGACGAUGAAGCGGCCAAGUCCCAAUGGUUUUAUCCCAUCCAGACGUCUCAACUUGGAAUUCGGGGCAGCAGCAGAGGAUCGCGCCGCCGUGUUUUUCGUCCUUCUUCAUUUACGAGAUCUAACAGCAAAUGAGAUGAACAACUUCCUUCCGCUCUCCUAGAAAGACAUCCUUCAAUUGGGCCUAAAUUCAACUAGUCAAUGUUUCAACAUUCAACUAGGUAAAAUUUGCUUGUUGUUUAUGCUAUCUCCAUAAAUCAUUAAUUAAUAUUUGUACAAAACAAUGUUAUAUGAUCUAUAAAAUACGUUUCCAGUUCAGAUACACUUUGGAGCCCAUUA